GAAUCAUAAUAAUGACAUUUAUUGACCAUUUACUACACAUCAAGCACUAUGUUAAGAAAUUUAUAUAAAUUAUCUCAUCCAAACCUCCUAAUAGCCAUAUGAUACAUCAUAACUCACUUAGGGAGGUGAGGGAUAUCAAAAGUAGUAAACAUAUUUUUCUUGAAUAAUAAAUGGAUAGGAAAAUAAAUGUGGUAAAAUUAUUAGGUCCCAGGUACUUUUCCUGGCAUUUCUACUGUACAUCUCCUUUUGCAUUAACUUAAAUCCUAUAUUUCUUUCAUAGAACAAGUCAAGUCCAAAUCCUAUUCAGGAAAACUUUUCUCAAUAAUAUUUAAGUAUGAAUUCUUUUUUGAUUCUCAGGAAUUUUUAUUUAGGGCCAUGCUAUAUAAUCUAUUUACAGAAUGUGUGUGGUAGGAAAAAUGUCUAUACUGGAAGAAAAAAAGAGGACAUGGUCUUUAGGUGCAAAAUAUUUCCUGUCAAAUGAUGACAUCCAACCAUUUUGCAUUUUUUAUGAAUAAAAAUUUUCCAUUACGUAACAUGAAAAUUCCAAUUUAAGGUUUACCUGUAAUUAUACUCCAUUUAAUUCAGCAAAUUUAAUUAAUUUGUUGCUAAUAGACAACAGUUCUCUGUGAUUUUUCAGCUAAGCAAUCUUUCUCUUGACAUCUCUUUCUGGUGAUUCAGGUUAAUGGAAAUUUGAGAACAUGUACAGCUAUUUUAUAUGAAGCAUUUAAUAUCCUUCCUUCCCUGCCUCCCUGUACCUGUCAGUCCUCUUUAGCAUUCUGCAAUAAUCGGUACUGACACAUUCACAUACAUGCAUAUUUGGAGAAAGAUAUGGUUUUAAAAUAUGCUGCUAUUGGUAUAACUUUAUUCUGCCCUAUUGGUAGAUGCAUAUGACAGAAUUCUCGAGGAAAUAAAGUUCCUCUUGUUUCUCUUUACACUUAAUUACACUGAAGAUUUUGGAAAACUCUCUGAAUGUGUUAGGCAUCUUGACUUGAUCAACUUAUCAAUUAAGACGUCAAUAGCUUAGAUUUACUCCAUUAAAAGAAACACAUUUUUCCAAUUUACCCAAAAUAUUAUUUUGAAUAUGCAGCCUCUCUUCAAUGCUAAGAUCCCAAAUAGUAACAUGUCAUAGGGUUUAAAUUCUUUUAUAAAUUUUAUAUAUUUAACUAAAAAGCAUAUUUAAAAAGUAUUUUGUAAAAUUAAGUACUUCGACAGUAAAUUGUAUUAUUACAUCGUUCCUUAUUGUGCAUUGGUAUUUCCCUAGAUCAAUUAAAACCAUGGGAUAAGUUCAGUGUAACAGAAAGAAGAUAUAUCAUAUACAGCGGCAUCUUUGAAUUUGGAUAGUUCAAUAUUUUUUAGUAAACAUUAAUUAAGCAAUCCAAUACUUUCUUAAAUUUUACAUUGAGAAAUAUGCUAUUAUGAAGGUCUUAGUAGUAAGCCUAUGAGAUAAGAAAAAUCAAAUUUCUUAAUGUGCAAUAUACAAUUACUUCUGUAUUGCUUUCGGCUUUUAUUUUCUAUUUAAAGAAUAAAAAUAUAAAAAUCAAACUAUACAGUACAAUUAUCUUGACUAUGACAGUAAAAGUUUAUCAUUGUAGUGACUGACAAUGCAUUAUGAUAUAUACAAAUAUGUUUAUUGGGAUAUCACAUAUAAAUAUAUAAACUUUUCAUUUAAUAUAUACAUGUAUAACCAUAAACGAAAACUUAAUUAAAAUCACAUUCUAAAAUGAAGAUCGUCAGUAAUUUUUCAUAACUGUAACAUUUUAAUAGCAUGUAUUUUUAUAAUGUGGAAUUGCAGGUAAUCCACAAAGUGAACAGAUACCAGUUUAAUCUGUUGUCCAUUUUGCUAGUGUACUAUAGCAAUGACUCAUAUAUUACUUUAAUGUCAAAUUCUUGAUUAAAGUAGAAUUCAUAAUUCAAUAUUCUAUUGUGACUUCCUUGGAGAAGUUGGAAUAAAGCCAAUGAUUCUUAAAUGUCUCUGAGCUGUUUUGAAAGCUAUUUCAGGGGGGACAGAACAGUGUAAUUUACCUAAGUGAAAUUCAGUUAAUUUAUUCCUCUGUUAAGAAGAUUUGAAACAGUGUCAAGAAGGGCUAUUUACUGCACUACACCAACCAAUUCUCUAACAAUGAUUAAAAGGAGGAAAAAUGCUAUCAUUCUGCCCAGUGUGAAUCUUCCAAGGCAAGGGUACAGCUCAGAAAGGUUGGUAAUGUCUAAGCUAGUGAGAUACAUAUGUGGCUAAAAAAGUAUUUAUAACAGGAUUGAUUUAUAAUUCUUCACUUUUCAACUUCUUUUACGUAUUUUGUUUCCUAACUCUUUAAAAUAUUUUACAAUAAAUGCUAUAGAUGGUGGGCACAACACAAUAUUUUCCAUUGCCUGUAUGCUUUUGAGAAGACUAUACAAAUACAUGUAUUAAUUUCCCAUUUCUGGAGUUAAGAGAAAGAAUUAGACUGCAGAACUUAAUCCUUUUGUUCUGAUUAAAAAAUAUUGCAAAUAACACUAAGGUCUCUGGGCGAGCAUCAAAAGUUCUAACAGAAAUCAGAGGAAGAUGGGGCACGGUAUCUUAGGUAAGACACACAUCUUUAAAUAUGUGUAUACUUGUGUAGAGGAAGGGAACCUGUUUUAUUUUUAAAGUAGGUAUUACGACGGGUAGUUUUAUUUCUUUUCCUAAACUUCCAAAAUCUCCUGAAGGUUGGGGCAGAGCCGGUUACCUUUCAGCAUCGAAACACUUGCACGCUAUCCCUUGUUUUUUCAUUUUCUUUUCCCUCAGCAAAGCAGGGUGCAGGGUUGAGAUGCUACAAGUGAACUAGAAGAGCCACCAGCCACCACAGGUAGAAAAGCAAACCCAAAAUGAAAACACCCGGAUUUUAAACGCGGAUCUUGCGAGGCUGGUUUGCACCGGCCGAACGCCUGUGUUAACCCUUUGGGCGCUGCAGCAGGGAUCCCCUAUGGCUGCGGACCCGGCUGGCAGAAACUGAGAUGUGGCGCCGGCGCCCGCAGGGAGUGAGCUCUUUUCCCCAAAGAGGGAGCAAGCCGGGAAGCACUUUUGUCGUCCGGUGCGUGCGUCACGGCUCGGGUCCGGCAUCGAUUCCAGGACAGAGUGGGGGAAGAGGCGCGGCGAGAUGCCGCUCAAAUGUCCGCUCACUAAGGGUUCGUCUUAACCUGUCCUAGCCGAGAGCGCUCGCCCUCUCCCGCCAGCUGGCCUAACUCCGGGGCUCUGCAGGGGCGCGGGCCCGGGGGUGGCUCGGGCGGGGCACCAAGUGAAGGGCGCCUGCACUCCUCCUGCGGCAGUCAUCGCUCUCCUGCCUCCACACGUCCCGGGAGCGGCCCAGCCCCGCGCCGAAACAGCAACUGUGACUGACAGAGUCACCGCCCAGCGCGCCUGAGCCACCCCCACCUCCCCCGCCUCUCCCUCCCGCACCAACACGUCAUGGAAACACGGACGUCAGAGUCGCUCAGCCAAUCGCAGGCGACGACAGGAGGGAAGGGGCGAGCUGGAGGGGGCGGGGGCAGCAGCGAGCGGAGGCGCUCCGGGGAACGAAGAGAGGGAGGGGCGCGCGGAGGCGAGGGUGCCCCCGCCCCUCACGCCGGCUACCCUUUCCCGACUGCGCGGCAAGUUCUAAUCGCCGGGCGCGCGUCUGUCAGGCGGGGGCGCGCGCCCCGGGUCCUCCCCUUAAACGCCCUCUCGGUGCCGCUCAGCUCCCGGUCCCCGACUGAGCCGCGCUUCCUCCGCGCGCGCGCGUACCCGCCCGCCCCCAGGGUCCCCGCGGGCCGCGUCACGUGACCGCGCCCAGCCAAGGCGGCAGCGGCGGCGGCGCGAGCUUCGGCGGCGGCAGCGGCGGUGGCAGCGGGAGCAGCUGUGCCGCCAGCGUGGAGCGGGAGGCGUGUGGGUGUGGAGAGAAGGGAGCGCCAGACCGGAACGGGUGUGCACAUCUCAUGAUUGAUAUGAAGAAACUAGCCAUGGGCCAAAGGUCAAAAUACUUCUCUGGGAAAUGUUGCUGCUGAUGCUGCUUUACAAAGUCAUACAAUGAGUGUUUGGUUUGAGAAAGAUUUUCACAUUUAAAAGAUUUUCCUCUUGGAAAUAUAUCAAGUGAAAAUUAGAUUCUUCUGGGAAACAUUUUCCUCCUAAUAAAUUAUACUUGUAAUGGGCGACAUGGCAAACAACUCCGUUGCGUAUGGUGGUGUGAAAAACUCUUUGAAGGAAGCUAAUCAUGAUGGAGACUUUGGAAUUACGCUCGCAGAGCUGCGGGCUCUCAUGGAGCUUAGGUCCACAGAUGCAUUACGAAAAAUACAGGAAAGCUAUGGAGAUGUCUAUGGAAUUUGCACCAAGUUGAAAACAUCUCCCAAUGAAGGUUUAAGUGGAAACCCUGCAGAUUUAGAAAGAAGAGAAGCAGUGUUUGGAAAGAAUUUUAUACCUCCUAAAAAGCCAAAAACUUUUCUUCAAUUAGUAUGGGAAGCAUUACAAGAUGUCACUUUAAUUAUAUUAGAAAUCGCAGCCAUAGUAUCAUUAGGCCUUUCUUUUUAUCAACCUCCAGAAGGGGAUAAUACAGUUUGUGGAGAAGUUACUGUUGGGGAGGAAGAAGGUGAAGGUGAAACUGGUUGGAUUGAAGGGGCAGCAAUCCUCUUAUCUGUAGUAUGUGUGGUGUUAGUAACAGCUUUCAACGACUGGAGUAAGGAAAAACAGUUUCGAGGUUUGCAGAGUCGAAUUGAACAGGAACAGAAGUUUACCGUCAUCAGGGGUGGUCAGGUCAUUCAGAUACCUGUGGCUGACAUUACUGUUGGAGAUAUUGCUCAAGUGAAAUACGGUGAUCUUCUUCCAGCUGACGGCAUACUUAUUCAAGGCAAUGAUCUUAAAAUUGAUGAGAGCUCAUUGACUGGUGAAUCUGAUCAUGUUAAGAAGUCUCUAGAUAAGGAUCCCUUACUUUUAUCAGGAACUCAUGUGAUGGAAGGCUCUGGAAGAAUGGUGGUAACAGCUGUCGGCAUAAACUCUCAGACUGGAAUUAUCUUUACCCUACUUGGAGCUGGAGGUGAAGAGGAAGAAAAGAAAGAUGAAAAGAAAAAGGAAAAGAAAAAUAAGAAACAAGAUGGAGCUAUUGAGAAUCGCAACAAAGCAAAAGCCCAGGAUGGUGCAGCCAUGGAAAUGCAGCCACUAAAGAGCGAGGACGGUGGAGACGGUGAUGAAAAAGACAAAAAGAAAGCAAAUUUGCCAAAAAAGGAAAAAUCUGUUUUACAAGGGAAACUUACAAAACUGGCUGUUCAGAUUGGCAAAGCAGGUCUAUUGAUGUCUGCCAUCACAGUUAUCAUUUUAGUAUUAUACUUUGUUAUUGAUACCUUCUGGGUUCAGAAGAGACCAUGGCUUGCUGAGUGCACCCCGAUUUAUAUACAAUAUUUUGUGAAGUUCUUCAUUAUUGGAGUUACGGUUUUAGUGGUCGCGGUGCCAGAAGGUCUUCCACUUGCAGUCACCAUCUCACUGGCUUACUCAGUCAAGAAAAUGAUGAAAGAUAAUAACUUAGUAAGACAUCUGGAUGCUUGUGAAACUAUGGGAAAUGCUACAGCCAUUUGUUCAGAUAAAACAGGAACACUGACAAUGAACAGAAUGACAGUUGUUCAAGCUUACAUAAAUGAAAAACAUUAUAAAAAGGUUCCUGAACCAGAAGCUAUUCCACCAAAUAUUUUGUCCUAUCUUGUAACAGGAAUUUCUGUGAAUUGUGCUUAUACAUCAAAAAUAUUGCCACCAGAGAAAGAGGGUGGAUUACCUCGUCAUGUUGGUAAUAAAACUGAAUGUGCCUUGUUGGGACUUCUUUUGGAUUUAAAACGAGAUUAUCAGGAUGUUAGAAAUGAAAUACCAGAAGAAGCACUGUACAAAGUCUACACCUUCAAUUCUGUUAGGAAGUCCAUGAGUACUGUCCUGAAAAAUUCAGAUGGAAGUUAUCGAAUAUUCAGCAAGGGUGCAUCUGAGAUAAUUCUGAAAAAGUGUUUCAAAAUCUUGAGUGCUAAUGGUGAGGCAAAAGUAUUCAGACCAAGGGAUCGUGAUGAUAUUGUGAAAACUGUGAUUGAACCAAUGGCAUCGGAAGGCCUGAGAACCAUUUGUCUUGCAUUCAGAGAUUUUCCAGCAGGAGAACCGGAACCAGAGUGGGAUAAUGAAAACGAUAUUGUCACCGGCCUUACGUGUAUUGCCGUGGUAGGGAUUGAGGACCCUGUGAGACCUGAGGUGCCAGAGGCAAUAAAAAAAUGUCAGAGGGCUGGAAUUACUGUGAGGAUGGUCACUGGUGAUAAUAUUAAUACUGCUCGGGCUAUUGCUACUAAAUGUGGUAUUUUACAUCCCGGGGAAGAUUUUCUGUGCCUAGAAGGUAAAGAUUUUAACAGAAGAAUACGAAAUGAAAAGGGAGAGAUUGAGCAAGAGCGGAUAGACAAGAUUUGGCCAAAGCUUCGAGUACUUGCAAGAUCAUCUCCUACUGAUAAACAUACACUGGUUAAAGGUAUAAUCGACAGCACUGUCUCAGAACAACGUCAGGUUGUAGCCGUAACUGGUGAUGGUACAAAUGACGGCCCAGCACUGAAGAAAGCAGAUGUUGGAUUUGCAAUGGGUAUUGCUGGAACUGACGUAGCUAAAGAAGCAUCUGAUAUUAUUCUCACAGAUGACAACUUUACAAGCAUUGUUAAAGCAGUUAUGUGGGGACGAAAUGUCUAUGACAGCAUCUCAAAAUUUCUUCAGUUCCAACUUACUGUUAAUGUAGUAGCAGUGAUUGUUGCUUUCACGGGCGCCUGUAUUACUCAAGAUUCACCGCUUAAGGCUGUGCAGAUGCUGUGGGUAAACCUCAUAAUGGACACGCUCGCUUCCCUGGCUCUGGCAACGGAACCACCCACUGAGUCUCUCUUGCUUCGGAAACCUUAUGGUAGAAAUAAGCCUCUCAUUUCACGCACAAUGAUGAAGAAUAUUUUGGGUCAUGCAUUCUAUCAACUCGUAGUAGUCUUUACACUCUUAUUUGCUGGAGAAAAGUUUUUUGAUAUUGAUAGCGGAAGAAAUGCUCCUUUGCAUGCUCCUCCUUCAGAACAUUACACUAUUGUUUUUAAUACCUUUGUACUGAUGCAACUGUUCAAUGAAAUAAAUGCCCGGAAAAUUCAUGGUGAAAGAAAUGUGUUUGAAGGAAUCUUUAAUAAUGCCAUCUUCUGCACAAUUGUUUUGGGCACUUUUGUGGUACAGAUAAUAAUUGUGCAGUUUGGUGGAAAACCUUUCAGUUGUUCAGAACUUUCAAUAGAACAGUGGCUAUGGUCAAUAUUCCUAGGAAUGGGAACGUUACUCUGGGGCCAGCUUAUUUCAACAAUUCCAACUAGCCGUUUAAAAUUCCUAAAAGAAGCUGGCCACGGAACCCAAAAGGAAGAAAUACCUGAGGAGGAAUUAGCAGAGGAUGUCGAGGAGAUAGAUCACGCUGAAAGGGAGUUGCGGCGUGGCCAAAUCUUGUGGUUUAGAGGUCUGAACAGAAUCCAGACACAGAUGGAUGUAGUGAAUGCUUUCCAGAGUGGAAGUUCCAUUCAGGGGGCUCUAAGGCGGCAACCCUCCAUCGCCAGCCAGCAUCAUGAUGUAACAAAUAUUUCUACCCCUACACAUGUAGUGUUUUCCUCUUCUACUGCUUCUACUACUGUGGGAUUCGAGUGGUGAAUGCAUUUCGUAGUUCUUUAUAUGAAGGAUUAGAAAAACCGGAAUCCAGAAGUUCAAUUCACAACUUUAUGACACAUCCUGAGUUUAGGAUAGAAGAUUCAGAGCCUCAUAUCCCCCUUAUUGAUGACACUGAUGCUGAAGAUGAUGCUCCUACAAAACGCAACUCCAGCCCUCCACCCUCUCCCAACAAAAAUAACAAUGCUGUUGACAGCGGAAUUCACCUUACAAUAGAAAUGAACAAGUCUGCUACCUCUUCGUCCCCAGGAAGCCCACUACAUAGUUUGGAAACAUCACUCUGAUUGUAAACUGAAUGUUAAUACACUAGCUGCAUUGUAAAGAAACAAAUUGAAACUGGGUCUUUUCACAUUUUGUGACAGACAAGAUAGUAUUCUUGUCUUUGGACUUCAACAGAAGACACACUUGUACGAAUGUAGAUUUAUUUUUUUAAAAAAAAAAAGCAAAGCUUUCUGCCAGACUGAGGGUGCUUUUUGGGGGGUGGGAGAAAUGAACUGACAGAUAAACAGUAACUCGGCGUAAGUGACCCGUGGAUCAUCAGUAGUACCCAGGAGUGGUCCUGAACACAGUGUAUUAUUAUCAGAGCUUUAGUUUAUCUCAGUCCUUGAUGGGAGAGAGGGAGGAGUAAAGCUGGGCGAGACAAAGAGCCCUGGAUCAUUGAAUUGAUACUUUAAUUUCUGCUGUUGGCUGUUAAUAAUUUGGAUUAUUUAUGUUUAUAAAUGAUACAGAUCUGUUUACAAGGUUUGUAGAUACUUUUUUUGUUCCUGUUCAUAGAUGGGAAGCUUCCUUAUAACUGAUGCAGAGAAAAAUUAGUCCUUCAAAUACUGCUGUAUUUUCAGGAAAAAAAAAAAAAGGGGUGUUUCUAUUGAAACUGUACUAAAUUUUUGCCUACAAUUUACCUUGUUAAAUAUUGUAGAUAAAUUGCUAAUACUAAUAGCCAAAUAGAUAACACUAAUGCUUUGUUUAAAAAAAAAAAAAAAAAGAAAAGAAAACAAAAAACAUGAGCAGUGGUGUUCUAAUGAAGUUAUGGCAUCUGUCCUAAUUAGUUUCUUAAAUACAUUUACUACUUAAUGGUUUUGAAACAACUGUUUAAUUUUUAAAAUUUUUGAAAACUUGCUAAUAACCUUUUGUUCAGAAUUUAGUAGAUUGUUUAAUGCAGGUCAUCAACUACAUAAUGAAAGAUGCUUGAAAUGCUUUUGUUAUUUCAGGCGAAUUAAAUUAAAUCAAACUAUCAAACUACAAGAGAACCUUAGUCCUUUUUGUUUUUGUCUUAACAUGUUAGUUCAGUAAUGUGUCUUGGUGAACUGUGAGUGCACUGUAUUGAUUUUUCUAAUAAAUCCUUAGAGAUCUUCAUACAGCAUGAGGGCUGUUGGCAUUUUGAAAAAGGUUAAUAAGUAGAAGCAUACAUGUUUUCCUUUUGUUUUUGAAACUUGUUUGUAAACAUAAAUAAAUAUGCCCUUUUAUUAAAUAAAAUUCAUGGCAAUGUUUUUUUAAAAGACAUUUCAGCUUCUUUACUCAAUUCUGCAUAUAGAGUGCUUCAGUCUUUUCUUUUAACUGCAAUUGGAAUAAAUUUCAAGAUGGUAACAGCCCCAUGAAUAACACUUUGAUUUCUUGGUGGUAAUCGCACAGGUUAAGAAAAUUAUUACAGUUUCGUCAUUUUGACGUAUUCAUCAUAGAAUUUAGUUUAUCUAAAAAACUCUCACAGUUUAAAAAAAGAUAAUGACCACUGUUAUCUUUGAUACACUUACGUUAAUUCUGAAGUGGCCAAAUAACAGAUUAGGGAAAAUGAGAUUAUAUGAAAAGGUGGAAAAGGUUCUAAAAGGAUACAUUUAGAUGUAGUAAUUAACUGUAUGCUGGAAUGCCUAUUUUUCAGCCAAUUUAAUGCUUUAGCAUUAUCCUUUUUUCUUUUUUUCUUUUGUCAGCCUUCCCUUUUUUGCUUCUGUCUUUACCUUUUAGAAACUAGCGUAGUGUUAGGGCCGGGAUUUCACCAGUUAACACAAUCCUCAGGCUGACAUAAAGUUUACGAGGAUUACUUCUACACCUGAGAGUGCUGACCCAGCAAAGACACAUUUAGUUGAUGGUGCUUGAUAUUUUUGGUGGGUGGGGGAAAUCUUUUUCUCUCCAUCAAAUCUUUGCAGCAAUCCUCUGCAAGUCUUAGAAACACAUUGGCCCUGUCAGCAUUUGUAAUUGUAUAUUUCUUCAUCAGGUAUUUAUAGCAAACUAUACUGUAAAAAGAGGUAGCAUGAUAUACUGGGAAGCGUAUUAGACUAGGAGUCAAGACCUGGUUCCUAGUCUUGGUUUUGCCAUGAGUGUGCUGCAUGACCUUGGGAAAAUCAUUUACUCUACAUGAGGGUGGUGGACUAGACUCUAUCUUGAAGAACGCUUUCAACUCUAAAAAUUGACCCUAUCAACUGGAGAGCCUGCAAGGCAUAGGGAACAGAAAAGGGAAAUGUUUUCAGUUUUGUUUUUUGGUUUUUUGGCUUUUUUUUUUGGGGGGGGGGGUUAUGCUUAAAUAUGAAUGUAAUUUAGAAGUGCAUGUGCUUUGGAGGAUUUGUAUUGAGCUUUUACAGUAUUCAUUUUUCAACUCAAGGCAAUGGCUUUUUACACCAACUCUAAUCCAUAAACGGAUUUUAUGACAUCCAUGAAGAAGUAGCAGGACAUGUUUAGUGUGUAUUUCUCUCUUUGAGACACUGUAAUUUCUACCAGAAAUUUCCAGAGCAUUAUGUAAGUAGAAAAAAAUACAAGCAAGCUGUUAAAGAUCUUGGAUCCCAUUAGUCUGUAUAGCUGAAAUCUGUAAUUCAAUCACUUUUUCUCUUUUAUCCUCUAACCAAAAAAUUGUUUAAUUUUGCAUCCCAAAUGUUUUUAAUCUUUGUAUAUUUUUUAAAAAUCCUUUUCUCCUCCUCAUUGCCUUUUUUGUGGUUGUAAAUAGACUUACUUGCACUUUGAAGAUGAGUUACUCCUUGUCAUCUUACAAAUAUGUGAUAUGGUAAUUUUCAUAACAGAUGUCAGUUUUGAACCAAGAAAUGGUGAUUUGUUUAUAAGAAAAAAAACUGGCUUCAUUUCUGUGAAAUUGCUCUUUGAAAAUUUCUUUUUACACGUGUAAGCCAACUGAGAUACCGUGACGGUGUUGAUUUCUUUCAAUGAUGCUUACCAUCUAUUUUAGCCACUGAGCCUUUUAUUAUUUGUCUAUUUGUAAAGUUUAUUUGUCUUAACUCAUUUAAUAAAUAUACUGUUUAUCUGUUUCUGAA